CCGCGUCGCGCCUGGUUAUCUACUCCGACCCGAGGACCGGGCUGUUUCUGCGCACCUCCUGCCAGUCUGCCAGAGGUGCGAUCUCUCCCUGCGGCAACGAUUUUCUUGCACCGAGCAGGCGAAUCAACCCAAUUCCUGCUCCGCGGCAGUCCAGCGCCAUCCAGUUUCCCCUCCCCCCCCCCAAAAAAAAAAGACGCCACCCGAACUCUUGUCGCCAUGGCUUCGGAAUUCAUCGGUCUUCUGAUGAUGGUAACGAUGCGCGGCACGCCGCCGAUGCUUCUCAAGGGCACCGUCAGCGCCGUCGAAGCCGGCACCGGCCUGACCCUCAGCAACGUCUGGGUCACUAACACCAAGGAGUGGAAGCCGCGCCUUACCAUCCCGUCUGAAGACAUCGUCGAUCUCUCCGAGCUCCCCAGCGAACCCGUCGCACCGCCCCUCGCCCACGGCGUCCCGGCAAACCCACCUGCCCCGGCCCCGGCCCCUCCCGUUGCCCAGCAGCCACCGCCUCAACCCGUUUUCGUGGACCCCGCGAUCGUGGCUGUGGGAAAGCCUGCUGCCAGCGCAUCGUCGUCAUCGAGCCGCGCACCCGAACCGCAUCCGCAACCAAAUACGAGUGAGAAGCGGGACCCGGGGCCCGGGGUCGUCCCCCCGGUGCAGAUACUGAGCGCAUCGCGAGAGGUCACGCCCACAAACACCGUUGCGGCUUCUCUCAGGGAUCUGAAGUUGGACCCCUCCAGCGCGGCCGUCGAGUCCGCCGACGAGGAUGGCGCCGACAGAGCUCUGGACUACGGCGAAGUUACUGCCCAGAAGAAGAAGCGGCGACAACGGAAGCCGGGAAGCGCGAAAACGGCCACGCAGGCGGACUACGGGGCAUCGCCGGCGCCUACGGAAAAGGCGGCGGGGAGAGGAAGAGGCUGGAGGCAGACCCCGAUCCUUCAGAGCACGGCGUCUUUCCAGCCGUUCAGCUCUCUGAAACGGAACCGCAAGGGCCGGCAGAUGGCUGAUAACGGGUGGGCCUCCGAGGACGUUACCGACGUCCAGGAGAUGGGCGAUUUCGACUUUGAGGGCGGCCUGGCCAAGUUUGACAAGCAGAACCUGUUCGAACAGAUGAGGAAAGACGAUCUGAUCGACGAGGCCGACCGCUUGGUGUCACACAACCGGCUGCCCCGUCCGAAACCGGGGACUGCGGGCGGCAAGAAUCUGCACUAUUCAGAAAACGUGUUGGACCUGCCGUCGACGGCCUCGAGAGCAGCCAAGGAUAGGCCGGCGUCAUCGAAGGAGACGCCAAAUGACUUCUGGAACAGCGAGGCGGAUGAUGGGCUACCUCACGGCGAUCGGCCCAGCACCAGGGACCAGAGCAUGGGCAGCCGACAGAGUUCGCGGCGCGGCGGCGAGGGCAAAAGCGCCGCGGCGGGCAAACGGUCACGAUCGCGCAAGGCCCACGAGAUGGCCAGGACGGGGUCCGGCCCCGGCAGAGUUGCCUCUGGUCUCUCGACGCCGGCCGCUCCGCAGGGGCUCUACGCGCUGCCGUCGAACCGGCGGAUCGAGCCGGUCUCGGCGCUGCAAAUGCUCAACCUGGAGAACAUUGCCCAUAACGAGAUCGGCCUGACCGAGGAGAUGAUGACGGAAAACGCCGGCCGGGGUAUCGCCGAGGUGACACUGAUCGCCCUGGCGGACCCGGCCAUCAAGGUGCGGCACGCCGGCAGCGUCGACCCGGCUACCGGCAACCCGCCGCCGCAGACCGUCGUCGUCCUUGCUGGCAACAACAAGUCCGGCAGCCGCGCCAUCGCGGCCGCUCGACACCUGCGCAACAAGGGCAUCAACGUGCUCGUAUGCGUGGUGGGCCUCGAGCGCGGCGAGCGAGACCUGUUCGAGGACGUGCAGCAGCAGGUGCGGCUCUACCGCAACCUCGGCGGGCGCGUCUUCACCAAGAGCGACUUCUUCGAGCACAUCCGCAAGAUGAGCAUCCCCACGCUGACCAUCGACACGCCGCGCGCCUCGCUCGGCAGCCUGGCCAACCCGGCACCCGUCAUGCUCAUCAUCGACGCCCUCUUGGGGCUCGCCAUCUCGUUCGAGGAGCUCCGCAACGGCGACCAGGCCACCGUGUACGAGCUCAUCGAGUGGGCCAACCGGAACGAGGCCUUCGUCAUGGCCGUCGACGUCCCCUCGGGCCUGGACCCCACCACGGGCAAGGUCAGCGUCGUGGACGGGAACCGGCUAUACGUCAAGCCGAGGCACGUCGUCGCGGUGGGUGCGCCCAAGAGGGGCCUGCUCGAGGCGCUGAUCGCCGCGGACGACAACGGCGACGGGGAUACGAUCCUGGCCGGCGGGGAGGCACCGGUGCCGGACGACUCGGUGCUCGAGUGGAAGCUCUAUCUGGUCGACAUGGGGCUGGGGCAGGCGGUGUGGAAGAAGGCCGGGACCAGGAUGAGGAAAGGGGUCGACUUUGGCGAGAAGUGGGUGUUGGAGAUGAAGUAUCGGGGAAUCGUGCCUAGCGAUGCCGAGGAGGAAGAGGAGGUUGUGUGAGAGUGUGUUGUGUUGCUCGGUCGGUGUGGUCUGAGCUCGGGUGUGUGUUUUUCCAAUGGCGGCGGCGACGUGGAUUUGGUUUCUACGGAAGUGUUGCAUCAAGGGGUGGUGUUAUUACGUUGCACUUAUUUUUUUAUAUUUUUUUUUUUUUUUUGGGUCGAUUGGCAUCAAGCAAGGCGUUGCGCGGUUCCUUUGAGAGGGGGUAUUGUUAUUUUUUUUUUUUUUUUUUGGAAGUCAGACAAAACAUGCACGGCAUUGCUUUAGAACGAGGUUGGUGGACUUGGCGG